AUGUUUGCGCGGAACAAGUCCAAGGAGCGAGGCUCCACGCGCAAGGUCACACCGCCGUCGCCUGCCUAUAUGUCGAGUGGACAGUUUGCUGCAUACCUUACCGAUUUGCGCAAUAACCGCGUCAACAGACCUGGUGGUUCGCGUCCCCAGCCCGCUUCCGGGCGCGAUUCUACGGUCAGCGGCGGCCGCCCAUCUCUUGGGGGCCCUCCGCUCUCCGAUUCGUCCUCAGUCCACCAUCAGAGGACAUUAUCGGACAUGGCCCGUGUGGUCCCUUCUACCAGCCGUCCAUCCAUGUCGGCCAGCGUCUCGUCUAGGUACUCGGCAUCAACCUCGGCCUCGACCCGGGGCAGGGACUACUACCCCGACCGCCCUGUCAAUGUCCAACCCCUGAAACCAUCUCAGAUCGUGCCGAGCGCAACCUAUAUCGAGCGCGGCCAGCGGUGGAUGGAGAAAGAGGAAGCCGUCUCUCUGCGCCAGGCCAUGGAGGAUAUGGACCUUCAGGACCAGUCGUCCAAGAACGAGCACGGCCCUCCAGUCGAGGGCGGUGACGAGGUCCGCCUCUACGAAGCCGCCCUCAACGAGGCAGCCGAGUUAGUCUGGCAGCAUCAGAACCCCGGAAGAGUGCCGCAACCAGGUGCGGCUUACCAAUAUAAGCCACAUUUACGCAAAAAUAGCUACGCCCAUGCCCGCACAGCCAGCGCCGGCAUGUAUGGGGGCGAUGUCGCGCCUACUGGGCUUGCCCGAGAGCCUACCUCACGCUCGGUAUCGGGCAGCUCGGCCAAUAGCGACGGGGUGGGAUCCACGCGCAGUCGCUCGUCAUUUGGGUUAUCUCGACAGGCGUCGGGGACCAGCGAAACCGCGCGUCGGAGCACCGAAGGCGCGCGAAACGUGUCACCAGAGCCCCGGAGCGCCAAGCCAUACGCCGGCAUGUCGGGCGGUCCAGCAGCCCUGCCAAGUGGACGCCGACGGAGCAGCAUGAAGCGAAACAUCAGUGGCGAGGUUUGCCAGCCAUUCUCGGGCGAGCAGAUUUGGGAAGAACAGGAUGGCCAGGUGCCCGAGGGCGGUGGUCGCUCGACGGGCACCGAUUCGGCCGCUGUCCAGCCUCUGCGGUCAAAACCAAAGAACCCGCUGAACCGAGUCCAGUUUGCCCCCGACGUGCCUCCUGCGGCCAGCGCAUCCCCCCAGCCUCCGUCCAAGGUGGUGUCCAAGUACGAGAUAUAUCGGAACCCCCCUAGCCAGUCCCGCAACCCGCAGUAUACGACAAACUCACGUCCUAAAUCGCCCGCGGCGGAUCGUGAUACCGUGUCUCGCAAGCAUGGCAUGGAGGUCCGGAGUGAUGAUAUCAGGGAUGCUACAAGCAUGAGGCUGAGAGACCGCAGCCCGAAGCUGCCGACUCCGUCGGCUGUCAGCGACAGCCCCGGCCGACCCAUCGUAAGCUUUGACAGAAACUGGAAGCCCGAAGAGGACGCGACUGAUGACGCGCCAGAAGAGUGGAGAUUUGGCCGAGGCGGCACCCGAUCGUCGCCCCUCGUCCCUGGCCGAACACAGGGUCAGCAGCAACAACAAACCCAAGCGAUCCCUACUAUCGCUGUUACGCCUAGUCUCCCGAACCCGCAGUCAUCGUCCCCGGCCUCGAGGCCAACAAGCCACCGCCCACAGCCGAGCCCGCCCUCUAUUCAGGUAGACGGACCGCUAGUUCCAGCCAUCACGGUGUCCGACUCGCGUCCCGCAAACCCCACGACUCCUGCACCACCUGCCAUCGUUAUCUCUGGCGGGGACGAGGACGGCCCCAUGAUACCAAUCAUCGUAACCCCUGACGAGGACAAUGCCAAAGACCCCCCACGUCGCCCUCUCCCAACGCCCCAGCCCGGGGCCCCUCGCACUCGAAAGCCGGCAUGGCCUCGCGGUCACUGGUCGCCCGCGCCGCCACCGGUCGGCAGCCGGGCGACGGCCCGCUGCCACGAGUGCCGGAAUUUCAUCGAGGGUCGCUUCGUGUCGCUAGCAGGCGGCUCGGAGCGGUUCCACCCGCAGUGCUUCGCCUGUUACUCGUGCGGCACCUCGCUCGAGGCGCUCGAGAUCUCGCCGGAGCUAGACACCCACCGAGCAGAACGUCUAGACCGCAUCGCGCGUCGCGCCGCGGGCGCUCGGCUGCCCGAGCAGCCUGGCGAGACAAUGGCCGAAGACGGCGACGAGCGCCUCCGCUUCUACUGCCACCUGGACUGGCACGAGCUGUUUGCCCCGCGCUGCAAGCACUGCACGACGCCCAUCAUGGGCGAACACGUCGUGGCGCUGGGCGCCCACUGGCACUUUGGCCACUUCUUCUGCGCCGAGUGCGGCGACCCGUUUGAGCGCGGCAUGACGCACAUUGAAAAGGACGGCUACGCCUGGUGUGUCGCCUGCCAGACCAAGCGCACCGAGCGCCGCGCCCCCAAGUGCCGCAAGUGCCGCACCGCCGUCAUCGGCCAGUAUGUCCAGGCCCUCGGUGGCGAGUGGCACGACGACUGCUUCCGCUGCGCUACGUGCGCCGAUGGCUUUACCGACGGCCAGAUCUUUCCCGUGGAAGGCCGCGGCGCCCCGGGCGAGACUGUGGUGCUGUGCACCCGCUGCAUGGAGAUGGAGCUCAAGGUUUGA